ACAAGACGUCCGUUUUAAUUGUUAUGGAAAACACGUUUWCACACCUACUAUCUCAGUUUGGACAAAACGGGCAUUUUUACUAAGGUUUAGUACUUUUACAAGAGAAUAAGGAAAUGAAUAUCACUGUUUGGCUUGUAACAUUGGCGUCAUUAUUGAGGCAGCYGGUAACAGUUUACUCGCAAAUCAUGCCGCUCGGAAACUUUUUAAAGCAUCAGGACGAGGCUCUGAAUGGUCACGUGAUCAAGACUAUCUCAGCCAAUCGGAUGGAUUGUUCAAUGGCAUGYGCAGAACUAUUUGGAUGUCGSUCUGUAAAUAUUUACAAAGAUUCCAAUGGAAAAGAUAUGUGCGACUUGAAYGACUCAUCGAAGWCAGCCGAUCCUGGAUCAAUGAUAUCGARGGAAGGUUAUAAUCAUUAUGAACUCACGUCAAGAAACGGUUGCAGCUCAGAAAUAUGUCUGGGAUCAAUGGAAUGGAAGAUUUUCAACUCUUCACAAUUUCGAUUGUUUGAAGAUAGAGUGACCUGGGGAGAAGCCAGACAUAAAUGUCGCGCACACAAAGGGGACCUGGUAUCGAUUCAUAGUCAACAAGAGCAGGACUUCAUAUCAACUCAUCUUCUUAAUAAUGCUUCACGAGGGAACUCUACCAAUACUCAAUUAAUAAUGCUUUGGAAGCUGAAUGGGAUUUCAGACGUUGCAUUGAGCCUUCACGGAGAUGCUGUAAUCAAGGACAUCGAUGGAUACAAAGCCCUGUACCUUGAUGGAAACAGUCAGAACUAUGCAACCACAAAACAAAUGAGCCUCAUACAGCGAGGUUUCACCAUCGGAGCCUGGGUCAAACUAUUAACACCUGCUUCUGAGGGCUUGGUCUACGGGGACUGGUCUGCACCUUACCAAUUCGCCUUAAAGAUCGACAAGGAGGGAAAAGUCCACUUCAAAUUGAUGUUCAUAACUACGAAUACUACAACGUUGACGGCCAAUAGAUCACUCGUUUUCAAUGUUUGGACUCAUGUCCUUGCUUCAUGGUCAUAUGUCGACAAUAUCACAGCCAUUUUCAUCAAUGGAAAGCAAGAGGCAAAAGAGGUUUUGAACAUGCAAUACAGAAUGCUAAAGUCUACAUAUCAUGACUAUGAYAUCGGGCUGKAUAGRAAUUCAAGUACAGUWCUCCAUGCAUAUAUAAGAGAGCUURCAGUCUUCACUUGGCCAGCCAACUCACAUAAUAGGGCACAGGAAAGAAUAGGUCGAUAUAAGAAACGUGAUGCUGUGUGGACAGGACUGAACGCCAUCUCCCAAGAAAAUACAUUCACCUUUAGUGACGAGUCUCCCUUGUCGUUCACGUACUGGAACGAUGGACACCCAAAUGAUAAGUACAAGUUUUCAGACUGCGUUUUGUUCUCAUUGGAGACUGGAUUAAACCAUACAUGGAUUGACGGCUCGUGUGGAUUGGAACUGCCUUAUAUUUGUAGACGAAAAAUGACUUAAAUAAUAAUCUUGCAUAACUUUGUAGUAGCUCAGUCAAAGCUGCUUUUAUUGUUUUAUCCAAGUUUCCAAAGUCAUAGUGUGAACUUAGUGGUGUUUGCAAUCUUAAUGGACUCCCCCUAGACCCGCCCCUCUUCAAAGGCGAAGAUCAUUAUUUUCUUCACUUAAAAACUUGUGUUACUUUAUUAAAAAAAGGAUCUUGUGUCUGCGUUGAUGCUUGGUUUUUCUAACAAACUAGUCUUUCGUUUUCGUAAAAGCUUUCACUAUUUCGAAAAAAUAAACCUACUACGUCACCGCUGAAAAAACGCAUGUUGACAUCAGAGCAAGUGGUGAAAAUGAUAUGAAAGAUAAACUUGAUUUGUUUUCCCUUGUAUUGCAAAUAGGCCCUUUGCAGAUGGGGGUCACGUGAUCACACCUUCCUUAAAUCUAUCAGCUAUCAAAAAAUGAUGUUCAGAAAUGGAAAGAGCAGGUUUAUGUUAGUAAAAUAGCAAAGUAUGAUCAAGUCUCAACUCUAAAUACUUCAAAAAUGACAGCAAAUGUAAAAUUUUGAUUAUUCUUGAAAGAAACUAUGGAAAAAUAGAACUGGGAAGCAAGCCUUGCUCUCUCUUUAUUAUAUAUUUGCUAUCAGUUUUGAAAUAUUUAGUGUUGAGACUUGAAGCUAUGUCUUCUUACUUAUUUUGAUCCCCUCUUUCCAUUUCUGAACAUCAUUUUGUCACUGCUUAUUGAUUUAAGGUGCGGUCACGUGACCCCCACCUGCAAAGGGCCUAUUUGGCCCUUGUAUUGCAUUAAUAUGUCUAGUAUUGCUGACAAACAUUAUUCAAAUACAGAAUGGAAAUGUCUAUGAAUGUUUAAUGAAAAUAAAACUUUGCCAGAAUUGGAAAUAUGUCAAUAGGGAUGAUCACAAUUCACAAUGAAAACCAUUCCAUGACGAUACAGAUUUCUCAUUUGU